AUGCUAAGCACAACUAAAAGCCCAAGUGACCCAGUCACCAAGGCAGCUGGUGGUGCUGAAGCCACUACGAAGAACGUGGCGGCACGCCCAGUCGUUGAGACUACAACAGAGUACACCACCAAAAGUACAUCAGUUCUAACGACCACCACUGCACGUCCAGUGAAACAAGUGGCCACCGUGCAGACCUCCACUAAGCUUCCGAGUACCCAGAUUACAACCACGAGUAGCACAACCGCAGGUCCCACAGUCCAGGUUACAGAGCCUAUCAGUGGUGAGGCGACAAUGAAGACCAACACUGAAAGGCCAAGCACUUCGGUGACCAAGGCGGCAAACUGGACUGCAAAGUCUACGAAGAGCACAACUGAAGCCCCGUUCACUAAGAUGACCACGAAUAUUACCAAACGCCCAGCCAUUCCUGGCGACUACCCCAAAGAGCACAACUGA